GUUCAGCGUAAAGUGAUGGAUGUGUAUGAAAACGCACACUACGUACAUUGUUACGCACAUCAGCUCAAUCUGGUAAUGCAGCAAGCCACCUCAAAGAUACCCAAAGUCUCCACAUUUUUUUCGGAGCUAGGUGGAUUUUGUGCAUUUUUUUCAAGGUCGCCCAAACGGACCAGCGUGCUUGAUGAUGUUGUUGGCAGCAGACUUCCGAGAGCGUGUGCAACAAGAUGGAACUUUCACAGUCGCUCAGUGAACACUGUAUAUGAGCACAGGGAUGAUCUUCUUAAGUGUUUUAAGACCAUUCAGGACUCUGGGAACUUUGAUGCUGUGACUGUGAGAGAAGCAGGAGGGUUUGUGAGGAUGCUGGAGGAUGGUACAUUUUGCUUUUUUCUCCAACUAUUUCACAAAAUCAUGCCACACGUCGACAUGCUCUUUCAGCAGCUUCAGAAACGAAACAUUGACCCCAUCUUCAUCAAAGCUGCCAUCUCUAAGUUUGCCGACAGCAUUAGAAACAUCAGGUCUUCCAUAUUCACUGUGCAAGAGGAGAUUCCAGCUGCCAAGCGACAGAGGAUACUGGGGCCCGCAGAACAACAUCGGAUUGCUAUUGAGGUGUGUGAUACCAUCUGGGCUCAGACAAAGGAGCGCUUUGCGUUCACUGGGCACCUUGUGAGUUCAACACUGCUGCAUGGAGAGCUGUUCUCACAGCAUGCUAAAACCUUUCCAAGUGCUGCAUUGAAUGCCACCGUGGAGGCCUAUCCGAUGCUGAACAAGGCUAGACUGAAGACAGAACUAUCCUUGGUCUAUGAAAACCCGGUGUUUGAAAAGUGUAGUGGUGCAGUGCCUCUGUAUCAGUUUUUUAUGGAGAACAACCUUCAGUGCACAUUUUCAGAAACUGUUAAUCUUCUGAAAAUCCUUAUCACUACUCCAAUGACAUCAGCAGAAUCUGAAAGAUGCUUCUCCACUCUAAAAAGAAUCAAAACGUUCCUAAGGAGCACAAUGUCUCAAGAAAGACUGAAUGCCCUUGCCAUGCUUUCUAUGGAGAAAAAGAUUGUGAAAGACAUGCCCAACUUCAACAACAAAGUUAUUGAUAGGUUUGCAACCCAGAAAGAAAGGAGAGCCAAAUUUCUUUACAAGUGACUGCAUAAUCAUCUCAGCUGCUUCUCUCCAUCAGGCACUCAGCAUCUCCUCUGCUCCUCCAGA